CUAUGAGGGCAGAACGCCGCUGCAUAUGUGCUGCCUCUCAGGGUUUGUUGAGUGUUGUCGCAAGUUCCUUCAAACCGGCGUGAAUUUAAAUGAAAAAGACGACAGUGGCAGAACGCCAAUCCACUGUGCGGCCUAUAAAGGGUUUAUUCAAUGUUUGGACCUGCUUACAAGCAAUGCGGCCGAUUUCGCGCUAAAGGACAACUUCGGCCGCUUGCCCCUUCAUUAUGCCGCCGCACAGGGACAUUUUCAAUGUGUUUUCACUUUGGUCGGCAUUGGCAGCCCCAUUAACGAUAGAGAUAUAGACGGAUGCACGCCCCUACAUCUAGCCGCCUCUUAUGACCAGCAGGCCAAAUGUGUUGAGUAUUUACUGGACCAUAAGGCGGAUGCGAAAAUUCGCGACGCUAAAGGAUUUUCCGCUCUUCACUACGCAAUCGUCUGUGGCAAUGAGGAGGGCGUGACUCUGCUGCUCAAUGCCACUGAGGAAUCGGUCUACAAGAAGGAAGGAGUGUCGCCCGAUAUUACACCAUUACAUCUGGCUGCAAAACUGGGAAGCGUCGACGUGCUCAAAGCGGUGUUAACCAAAUACAGCGACGUAAACAUUCAAACAGAACAAGGAAUCACGCCGCUCAUUCUGGUGGCCCGAGAGGGCUUCAAUAUAUGCAUGCACGUUCUGUUGCGCUUCGGGGCCAAAGUGUCGCUCUGCGACAACGUGAAUCAGAUGAACGCGGUGCAUUACAGUGCAAAGAGCGGCCAAUCGCUGUGUCUCACCCUGCUGCUGCACAACAGCGACGAUCUCAGCGUGAUCAACAUGGUCGACAGGCAACAGAGGACCGCUUUGAUGUUUGCCGUGUCGGGAAAUCACAAGGAGUGCGUGCAAGUGCUCCUGCAGUGCGGAGCGGACCCAAAUCUGGUGGAUGCUGACAAGCAUUCCUGUUUGUUUAGAGCUGUAGUGAAUGGGCAGGACGACAUCGUCCAACUCCUGCUGGCCAGCAAUGCGGAAGUGAGUGCCCGGGAUGUGAACGGGAAAACUGUGCUGCAUCUAGCCGGGGCUUGUGGGCAUUUAACCUGCCUGCAGCUCAUCCUCCAGUACAUGAAGGAAGCGGACGUUGUUAGCAGGGACAACCAGGACUGCACGGUUCUGCAUUGGGCCUGCUAUCACGGACACGCUCAUUGCGUGGAGCACCUUCUAUCCAAAGGCCUGUUUAAGGAGCUGGACGGCAACGUCUAUUCGCCGGUCCACUGCGCUUGCUUCUCCGGGUCCCAGUCCUGUCUGGAGCACUUGAUUGAGCACUUUGGCGACCAUAUCAUUCAUCUAAGGGACGAGAAGCAACGGACGCCGUUGCAUAUCGCAGCAUUGCACGGUCAUGCUGAGUGCGCCAGCAUGCUGCUGAACCUUGGGGCUGCACCCCUUGUAGUGGACAGCGAGGGUCGCACGCCCCUCAUUGCUGCCGCACAAUACGGACAAUCCAAUGUAGUUGAAUUACUUUUAAGCUGUAAAAUAGACUUGUCAGCCUGUGAUAACGAUGGUAACACCGCCUUACACUGGGCGUGCCUUAGGAAGCACCACCAGACUGCCUUACUCAUCUUAGAGAGUUGCCAAGACGCCAAAAUUGUAGAUGUAAGCAAUAAUGAGAAAAAGACUCCGCUGCACCUAGCAGCGCGCAACGGAUUGGUGGACGUAACACGGGAGCUGCUGAAAAAGGGCGCAAACGUCCUGGCCAUCGACAACGAAGGGCUGACGCCCGCUUUGAGCUGCGCCCCAAACAACAAUGUCGCCCAUUGCUUGGCGCUCAUUCUCCAAAUGCUCCCCGAUUGCCUGGACAAGGCGAACAAGUCGAACGACCCUCCCGUCCUGUCCCUACUCCCUUUCGCCUGCCUUAAUCAGUCCAAUCAAUCGGUUCAAACGCAAACGCAUCUAGUGCUUGUCACCGAUCCCGACCUGUUCCAACUGAAACAGGCCUUCCUGGUGCCUGAAAAGCCCAAGUCGCCAAAACGCACCAUCAAAGUCGACCGAAGCAGGGAUUUUUACAUCAAAGAGAUGCAACCGGUGGAGAGCAAGGGGGCCAUACCGAAACAACCGGAGGACAAGGGGCGCACGCUUCACCGAUCGGACAAAGAGCUGCAUCUGCCCAAGCGGCCGAGAAAGAGCUACAAUGCGCUUUGCAAGGACUGCGGCCGCUUGCAGAGGCUGUGCCUCAGCUGCAGGAAGCUGAUGGAGCUGAGGAAAAAGAGGAAGCAAAGAGCUGCGGUUGUUCCGAAGGAAUCAGCCUUUGAGGGCUUCGAUAAGGUUUUCCUGGAAAUCUUGACGAAAACCAUUCGGGCCGAUGAGCCCCCAAUGGCAGAGAAAGAGGGGGACUGUAAAGAGAAGAGACUGGACGGUGACGAGCUGCGCCCCCAUCUAACUGGCCAAGAAGCGGAGUUUUUGCAGCUGAUCGAGACAAACAUUGCAGAGCUGCUGGACAAGCAGCAGGUCCAGAGCGUUGGGGAGUUAUCAGUGUCUGACUGUGAUUCGAUUAUUGGAGACAGCUGGCCAGGGGAGAGCAUCGUGCUUUUUAAGAGAACAGAAGGGGGCUAUGAAGAGAGCCAACUUUCACCUCUCACUGACCAUGGUAGGGACCUUGAUAAUCCCCCAACUGAGUUAGGGGUAGCAAAAUCUGCGAGCGAACCUGGUGAAAUUGCAAUAACCCAACCCGCUCCACUGGAGGGUCGAACAACGAAGGCAUCGAACACCAAUCUAGAUCAGUCCAACGCGAUGCGAAUGGCUCUUAAAGACUCCAUGUCCAGCCUGCCUGGUUUGAAGGAGCUUAAAGGCCUGGAUUCGAAUCACUCCAGCGACAACGAGUUUUACUAGCGAAUAAUUAAAGUUUCAUUUGGACUUUGCUGUUUUGGUGUGGUGUAAUGCGAACAACUGUUCUAGCGCGACUAGAGCUGGAUCGGGUAUCAGAAAACUGAAAAGGGACGGCGAGUGAAGACUCAAAGUCCUCAACGGACUACUUCUAAUCUGUGAUAAGAUAACGGGCAAACCAAAGUGAUUUUUUCCAUUAGCCAGCUCUAGUUUAUCAAGUACAUCAAAGACCAGUGAUAUGAAACUUCCGCCUUGCCCUAGCAAUAUCAAAGUUUGCCUUUUUUCAACGUUAAAUUUACUAAUCGGGAUGUUAGAUUAACUGGAACACAGGGCCUAUUUAAGCGAUUUUCUAAUAUUAGGUAGAGCAAUUUUCAAUUAGGGGUAAAUGCUUGUGCGUGCAGUAUGAAAGGUUUUAGGCGACGAAGUUUGUACUUAAAUCCAUAAUUCUUUGCCUGUUUGGACGAAGGGAAACCGGUGUUCGAGUUUCUCAAUACUAACUGUUUUGAUGAUUGUUUAGUGCGCACUAGUUAAGCCAAACGAGCGAUUCAAUUAUUACCUUUUGAAUUAAUAUUAACAGAAAAUUUAAAAAACCUACUAACUAGAAGAUAUAAGGUGAAUAAUCCGGUUAGACUGAGGAUGGCGUUAAUGCAGUCAAUGCAGACUGGAGUCUCGGAGAAAUCUAACUAUUCAUAUGGGUUUUUACGGUAAAAAUCGAUUGUUUUAGUCUGUUUUGUGAUGAUUCGUUGACCUGUAACUCUCCUGGAAAAUUCUGAAGAGUUCACCAAGUUAAAAAUAGUUUUUUACUUUAAUUAGUUCGAUUGCCACAUUUCCGCUAUUUUUAUUCGGAUGGUGUUCGUUUCAAAUUUACCAGGAGAUGUAGUUUCUGGACGCCCUGUAUAACGUUUGUAUCUAUUUUCCAUACUUUUUACACGGUUUGUACAUGUAUAUAUAGGUGUACUUAAAUAUAUAUACAUCACUUU